GUCCACUUGAUCCUUCCUUAGUGAAGGACUUGACUGCAAUGAUUGACAAAGACAAUGAAUUGGCAAAGAUGUUUCGGAGAGUUAGAGACUUUGUCGAGACUGAUGGUUCUUCAAAUUUCUAUCUGAAAUUGUAUCGUAACAGAACUAAGGAUCCAAGAACUUAUAAUAUGCCCACGGCUGAUGAGGUGGCAACUUUGAUUGUAGGUGAUCUAGACUCUGUGAAUGAAGGUAGAGAUAUUAUUGUCAAGGGUACCGAUGGAGGUUUUCAACGACUUCCUGAAAAACACCCUUCUUACAUUCCUCUUCAAUAUCCUUUAUUAUUUCCAUAUGGAGAAGAUGGUUUUAAGGAGAAUAUACCACUACGAGAAGAUCACAUGCAAGACGAUUCCCGAAAGAGAUACAAAGUUGCAAUCAGGGAAUUUAUUUCUUACCGGAUCCAACAAAGGGACAUAGAGCAUGGGCAUUUAGUGAGCACAUGUCGAUUAUUCCAACAAUUUAUUGUAGACUGCUACACUAUGAUUGAAUCAGAUAGAAUGUCUUAUUACAGAAAUAAUCAACAGAAGUUUCGUUCAGAUAUUUUUAAAGGCUUGCAAGAAGCUGUAACUAGAGGAGAUGUUCAACCCUCCUCUGCUGGAAAACGUAUAAUUUUACCUCCUUCCUUCACGGGUGGGAUGAGAUACAUGUUCAACAAUUGUCAAGAUGCCAUGGCUAUUUGCAAAAGAUUUGGGUAUCCAGAUUUAUUUAUAACCAUGACCUGCAAUGCAAACUUGAAAGAAAUUCAGGAUUUUGUAACUCCAAGAGGUCUCAGGGCAGAUGACCGACCUGACAUUGUGGCUAGAGUUUUCAAAAUGAAGUUGAAUGAUUCGAUGUCCAAUUUGAAGAAAGGAAAAAUAUUUGGAGAAGUACAAGCAGGUACCUACACAAUUGAGUUCCAAAAAAGAGGGCUUCCACAUGCCCACAUCUUAAUAUGGUUGCAAGGUGAAGGGAAGCUUAAAACAGGGGAUGACAUUGAUAAGGUAAUAUCAGCUGAGUUACUGGAUCCUGUGUUAUAUCCUGCUUUGUCAGCAGCAGUUUCAAAUUAUAUGAUGCAUGGUCCAUGUGGGUUUGCUAACAUGAAUUCUGCCUGUAUGAAAAAUGGAAAGUGUGAGAAAUUUUUCCCAAAACAAUUUCAGAGCUCAACUACAAUUGAUGAGGAAGGCUAUCCUAAAUACAGGAGAAGAGAUACUGGAGUUAGUGUUACGAAAAAAGACAUUGUGAUGGAUAAUAGGUAUGUUGUACCUUAUAAUCCAGAUCUCCUCAUGAGGUAUCAGGCCCAUAUCAACGUGGAGUACUGUAACAAGUCGAACUCCAUAAAAUAUUUGUUUAAAUAUGUAAACAAAGGUCCUGAUAGAGUUUCUGUUGAAAUUUCUAAUAGAGAUAAAGAUUCAAAUAAAGAAAAAGGUGUUGAUGAGAUAAAGCAGUAUUACGACUGCAGGUAUUUGUCUCCCUGUGAAGCAGUGUGGAGAAUAUUUGCAUUUUAUAUUCAUGACAAGUGGCCUCCUGUUAACAGAUUAUCAUUUCACCUUCCCAAUGAGCAGUCAGUUACUUUCAAGGAUCAUGAGUGGAUUGACACUGUAGUUGAAAGGAACCAGGAUAUGGACACUGAGUUUACAGCGUGGUUCAAAGCAAAUCAGGAAUCCGAACUUGGGAAGGACCUAACAUAUGCAGAGUUUCCCCAAAGGUUUGUUUAUGAUGAAGACAAAAGAGCAUGGGCUGUCCGAAAGAAAGGAUUUUCAAUUGGGAGGUUGAAUUAUAUUCCCAUGGGUACCGGAGAACUAUUCUAUAUGCGGGUCCUUCUUACAAUUCAAAAGGGAUGUACAAGUUUUGACAGCAUAAAAACUGUUAAUGGGAUACUAUACCAGACCUACAAGGAAGCGUGCUACAUCUUGGAUUUGUUGAAAGAUGAUAGAGAAUACAUAGAUGGAAUAAAGGAGGCAAGUGAUCUUGGGUCUGGACACCAAUUAAGACGAUUAUUUGUCAUGUUAUUGUUAGUGAAAACAAUCAGCAAACCAGAUGUAGUGUGGGAAGCUACAUGGAAAUUGCUAGCAGACGGAAUUUUAUAUCAAAGAAGGAGACUUCUUCAAAUACCAGACUUGGAAAUUAGUGAUGAUGACUUAAGAAACAUGUGUCUGAUAGAGAUUGAAAAAUUGCUCCAGAGUAACGGGAGAUCUCUCAAGGAUUUUGAUUGUUUACCUUAUCCUGAAUCUUCCGAUCUACAUCUAUUUGAAAACAGGUUCAUAGUAGAUGAACUUAACUACGAUAGAGAUGAGAUGUCUGCCAAGUGCACAAAUUUGCUAAAUUUAAUGACACAUGAGCAAAAGCAGGGCUAUAAUCAGAUAUUGGAAUCUGUUUUGUCUGACUGUGGUGGUUUUUUCUUUUUAUAUGGAUACGGAGGAACAGGGAAAACAUUUAUUUGGAACGCAUUGUCAGCAUCUCUACGGUCCCAAGGAUUGAUUGUUCUGAAUGUAGCUUCCAGUGGUAUUGCUUCGUUAUUACUACCAGGGGGGAGAACUGCUCAUUCAAGAUUGUGUAUUCCACUACAGGUGAAUGAUGUAUCUACAUGUAAUAUUAAACAAGGAAGCUUACGGGCAAAUUUACUUUUGCAGACUAAGUUGAUUAUAUGGGAUGAAGCGCCCAUGUUGAACAAGUUUUGUUUUGAAGCCCUGGACAGAACAUUGAGGGAUUUGAUGAGAGUACAGGAUGAAAGCAACGCAGAAAAACCAUUUGGUGGCAAAUUGGUAGUGCUUGGAGGUGACUUUAGGAAGAUCCUGCCUGUUAUCCCGAAAGGGUCAAGACAAGAUAUUGUUAAAGCUACCAUCAAUUCAUCUCAAUUAUGGAAGCACUGUAAGGUGUUGAAGUUAACUGCAAAUAUGAGAUUAAGAACUGCUGGAUCCCCGGAACUUGCAGUCGAUAUAAAGGCAUUUGCUGAUUGGAUUCUUCAGAUUGGCAAUGGUGAAUUUGAAUCAGAUGAGAGUGGAGAAGCUGAUGUAGACAUACCUACUGAUCUAUUAGUUGAGCCAGGUGAUAAUCCUAUUCAUGAUUUGGUUAAUUUUGCAUAUCCAGAUCUUUUGAGUAACAUGAAGGAUUACAAGUUUUUUGAAGAGAGAUGCAUACUAUGUCCGACUCUUGAAUCAGUUCAAAUGAUGAAUGAUUUUAUCCUGAACUUAAUUCCUGGUGAACCAAAAGAGUACUUCAGUUCAGAUACAACUUGCAGGUCUGAUGCGGAUUCAGAGAUACACUCUGAGUGGUUUACUUCUGAGUUUUUAAAUGAUAUAAAGUGCUCUGGAAUUCCAAAUCACAAGUUGAGUUUGAAGAAAGGGGCUCCAAUAAUGUUAUUGAGAAAUAUAGACCAGUCGGCUGGGUUAUGCAAUGAAACUCGCCUCAUAGUUAAUGAUCUUUUGCCGAAUGUUAUUGGUGCCACUGUGUUAACAGGAACUAAUAUUGGUGAAAAAAUAUUCAUUGGAAGAAUGAGUAUGGUGCCUAAUGAUUCGGGCUACCCAUUUAAAUUUGAAAGACGACAAUUCCCAAUUUGUACCUGUUUUGCUAUGACGAUCAACAAAAGUCAGGGACAAUCUUUAUCACAUGUUGGACUCUUCCUUCCUCGACCUGUUUUUACGCAUGGGCAAUUAUAUGUGGCUCUCUCACGGGUGAAAUCAAGAAAGGGUCUAAAAAUUUUAAUUCUAGAUGAAGAACAGAAAGUAAUGAAUUGUACCAAAAAUGUGGUGUACAAAGAAGUGUUUGGAAACAUUUGACUACUGUACUAGAUACAACAAAUUUGCUGGCACUCUAUACAGGUAAGGCAUUUAGCAUGAUGAAAAACAAUGGACUUGGAUGGUUGCAACUUAAAUUGAUUGGUAACGAAAUAGAUCUCCAUGUGCCUACUCUUCUGUCUUACUACAUGUUGUAUUUUCAAUCUACUACAGAGUUGUGUAUCAAGGAUGAACCGGCCACUGUCCAGUGAUCAUGUCAAACAAUGUUAAAUUCAUAAUGAUGAGGCUUUUGAAACAUGUAGCAGAAAGAGUCUUUUUCUUUAAAUUCAUUACCAGACUAUGAAAGCCAACAUGAUGUUUUUAUUGCUUAUAAAUGUGCAUUCAUUUCAAUAUCAUGACAACUUUGGAUUUAAACUUUGGAACGUGACAAUGUGCUUAUUU